AUGGCAGCCAACGAAGCAGGCGCCCCCAAUUUAGGCGGUGCCUCCGCCCAACACAAGGCCGGGCGAGCCUCUCCGGCACCCCAAUCGAAGCGCGACCGCAAGCGCCAGGCCCUUGCCGACAAGAUUGCCAGCUUGCAAGAGAAGUUCAGCCGAGACCGUGAUCUCGGAUAUCGUGAUCAGCUCCAGAAGGUCCAGGUUGACACCAACCUCGUCCAGCGCAUCGACCCGUACGCCGACGAUGUUUUGAAUGUCAUCGCAAGCCUGCGCCAAGAGCAUGAGGAGACCCAGGGACAAGAGGCGCUGUCCGACAGCAACCGCACUUUGCUGCAGAUGGCCGGUCCCAAAUUUGAGGACUUCGUUCAAGGCAUUGAGGAUCUCAUUGAGUACAGAGAUUUCCAUUUGCUCCAACACAUGCACGAGCACGAGCGCCGCCUCCAUCAAUACAAGAACGAAUACCUCUACAAAGUCGAGACUGCAAAGCGCGAGCACCAAGCCCUCUCUGCUACCCUUCGCGACCGCCUCGUCAAUACCCUGCUCUCGAGAAAAUACCGUCUGAACAAGGAGAAAGAGGCGCUGGAGAUUUCCGAUUCUUCGGCGUUGCUACUCCAUCCCAACCAGUUCAGCAUCACCAACCCAGCUAGCCCUGGAGGCACCCACGGAAAGCGUGCGACAAGGCUGCGCAAAGAUGCUGAAGAGCUCGCCGGCUAUGCGGAUGGCAAGAAACGCAAGAGGAACCCGGGCGAAGAUGACGGCUCCCCUGCUCCCUCCAGACGAGUGCUUGAUCCUAAUAGCACGACGCCUCUCUGGCAGAACGAGAAGCUCCGCGUGGCCGCAAAACAGAACGGUCCCGCUUACAGUAUUGAUAAGCUCUUUACUGAUAAGGAGCUCUCCCUGGCAUACAACCAAGCAGCUGUCGCUUCUCACAAAUACGUUCUCAGGCACAAGCCCUACGCAAAUGGCGGUUCUUCCCCUGGCAGCGAUUCCGGUCAAGGCGACGAGAAUGGCGAUCAGGACAGCGAGCCUGUUCUGUCAGCCCCGGCCAUGGAACGUACGAGCUCCCACGCCACUAGGAGCACAAGGGCGGGUAUCAACCAGAAUUUGAUCGAUGCUGUCGAGGGAGCCAAUGGUCUCGAAUUGCCCAAGUAUCUUGAGAUCAUGCAGCCGCAUGAGCCUGCCAAACUACCUGCGGUCAACGUGACCAACUACUUCAAACCAGUUAGAGGAAACACCGACGGCAAUCUGCCGCAACCGCUGUCGCAUGAGGAGAUCAACUCCGAUAUCAUGGUUAUGGAUCUGUUCAAAAAGUAUGAUGCGAACCACAAGCCCGGCGAUUCGAUCGACCAUCCCAACGGUAGUAGGAAGCUCCUAGAAGCUGCUAUUACUCCGUACACCAACACCCCCUACACGGGGUUCAAGCCUGGCCCUCGACCGGAUCCGACGAAACUUAGAGAGGAUCUGAUGCCGAUUGAGAGCAGCGUCAGAGACGAAGCACCCCCUUCGUCCCUUGCGGCCGUCGCCGCGGUUCCCAUGAGCCGCACCAGCAGCGCCGCAGGAGGCACAGGCAUGAGUCGGCAAGGCAGCUCCCGUGGUAAGGGUCGCAAGAACCAGUGA